ACUCUGGAUAGAGUGCACCGGACCCUCCGUACAAAGCCAGUACAAGUUGAUUUGCCACCAAGGGCGUUUGUGGUUAAAUGCCACUACUUCACGGAAAAAGAAUUACUUCUCAAAAGGGCAGCAGAGACUGGGUUGAUAACAUCCGCUGAUGGCGAUACUAUCCGAGUCCUGCCGGACUUCACCCAAGCUGUGAGUAAACAACGCGCUGCUUUUACUGAAGUAAGGAAACUGCUCCGCAGCUGCGACGGAGUCCGCUACGGACUCAGGUAUCCAGCAACGUUAAGGAUUACAACGGCGGAUGGGCAAGAAACGACCUUCAAAGAUCCAAAGCGUGCGAAGGAGUUUGUUCUGAAGGAGCUACUGAGCGCAGAAUCGUCCCGCUGAACAUAACUUUUCACAAUGAUGAGCUCGAAGAGAGCGUGUGCUGGAGUUAUUUGAAUCGGAUGGCGCCAUUACAAGACGAUAACGAACAUUAGUGCUCAACAAUUGAAUUUUACAGGUAAUGCUUGUUUUAUAAUACGUUUUUUUUAAAGUAAACAAUCUGUAAUAACGUCUAAUUCUAAGUUCUACCUUUCUUUAUACCUGCAUUUUCUUUAAUGGAGCCUUGUGAUGCUAUAUUUGGAAUACGUGCCAUUAUUGCUGUAGAAAAUACAACGUUACUUAAAUUACAGUUAAUUUGGGUUCUGGUGUGGACUAACGUGGUAAGCAUUAUAUUGGUUUGUAUAGUAUGGAGAUAUACAGUGCGAACCGGAAGGAAAGCGGUCUCCUUUUGAGGCUAUUUUUUUUCUUUCUUAUUUUCUUGUUUUCUUGUUGUUCUUUUAUUGGUGCUUUGUUAACUUUGUGUUCAUCACCCCCUAUUCCCUCUGCCCUCCCUGCCCUCUUUUCACCUCCCUAUUCCCCCUAUGGACUACAUGUUGGAAGUCUCCUUGGCUGAGUCCUGCCUAUGUCCUCUGCAAAUAAUAAAGCACUAACCAACACCACUUUGGUGUGCUGGAAUGUCAGGGGUUUAAACCAUCCAGUCAAACGUAACAAAGUAUUCUCUCAUCUUCAUAACUUAGGAAGCCGCAUUGUUUAUUUACAAGAAACCAAUUUGCUAAAUAAAGAUCAGUGUAGACUUCGCAGAGGAGGCUUCACACAGUUUUUUUACUCGGAUUUCAACAGUAAGAGCAGAGGAGCGGCUAUCUUAAUACAUAAAGAUGUACAGUAUGAAGAGUCAAAAACAAUUAGGGACAAAAAUGGCAGGUAUGUCAUCACACAAGGCAAAUUAUUUAAUAGGCCUGUGGUUCUUGCAAAUGUUUAUGCACCUAACUGGGAUAAUGUGGAUUUCUUUAGCAAUCUUUUUUCUCUCUUACCAGAUCUUGAGUCUCACAAUUUAAUACUAGCUGGGGACCUAAA